GCCGCCGCCGCCGCCGCCGCCGCCGCGGAGGGGGAGACACUCGGGGGGAGCCAGUGACGUCGGGAGUUUUCCUGAAAGUCAAUAACGAGCCCGGCGGAGGCGGCGGGAGGAGCCGAGAGCGGGGCCCGGGCGGCUCCGGGGUGAGUGCGCCGGGGGGAGCCGCCGCCGCCGCCCUCCUGACCCCGCGCAUCGAUGCUGCGGCCGCGCUGCCCGCCCGGGCGCCUCCCUGCGUAGCGGGGCGCGCAGAUCCAUGUAGCCGCCGCCAGCGCCCUGGGGCCGGAGCCGCCUCCUCCCGCCCCCGCGGAGACACCGGCCGCCAGGGACCGCCGAGCCCGGCGGGGGGACAGGGGAGGAGGCAGCGGCGCCCUCCCUCCCCUUCUCCCCCCGGAGCCGCCGCCGCCGCCGCCCUCCGGCUCCGCAGCAGCGCCCGCGGCGCCGCCGCCUCUGCAGGCUGACUCAUCAGUAGAAAUUGGGAAGAGCUGCAGAAGAGAAGCCAAACAGACAAGCUGAUAACUCAGAGAAGUACUCUUUCGAGUUGGGGGUUCAGAGUGGAGUCAUCAUGAGCGAUGUUACCAUUGUGAAGGAAGGCUGGGUUCAGAAGAGGGGAGAAUAUAUAAAAAACUGGCGGCCAAGAUACUUCCUGCUGAAGACAGAUGGCUCUUUCAUAGGCUAUAAGGAGAAGCCCCAGGAUGUGGAUCUGCCAUAUCCACUCAACAACUUUUCAGUGGCAAAAUGUCAGCUAAUGAAAACAGAGCGACCAAAGCCAAACACAUUCAUUAUCAGAUGUCUUCAGUGGACCACUGUCAUAGAGAGGACGUUCCAUGUAGACACUCCAGAAGAACGGGAAGAAUGGACAGAAGCAAUCCAGGCUGUAGCAGACAGACUUCAGAGGCAAGAAGAGGAGAGGAUGAACUGUAGUCCAACUUCACAGAUAGACAAUAUAGGAGAAGAAGAGAUGGAUGCUUCAACAACCCAUCAUAAAAGGAAGACAAUGAAUGAUUUUGACUAUUUAAAACUACUGGGCAAAGGCACGUUCGGCAAAGUUAUCCUGGUUCGAGAGAAGGCUAGUGGGAAAUACUAUGCUAUGAAGAUUUUGAAAAAAGAAGUCAUUAUUGCGAAGGAUGAAGUGGCUCAUACGCUUACAGAAAGCAGAGUAUUGAAAAACACCAGACACCCUUUUUUAACAUCCUUGAAAUAUUCCUUCCAGACAAAGGAUCGUUUGUGUUUUGUGAUGGAGUAUGUUAACGGAGGAGAGCUGUUUUUCCAUUUGUCGAGAGAGCGGGUGUUCUCAGAGGACCGCACACGCUUCUAUGGUGCAGAAAUUGUCUCUGCCCUGGACUAUCUGCAUUCUGGGAAGAUUGUGUACCGUGAUCUCAAGUUAGAAAAUCUAAUGUUGGAUAAAGAUGGACACAUAAAGAUUACAGAUUUUGGACUUUGCAAAGAAGGAAUUACAGACGCAGCAACUAUGAAAACAUUCUGUGGUACUCCAGAAUACCUGGCACCCGAGGUGUUGGAAGAUAAUGACUAUGGUCGUGCCGUGGACUGGUGGGGAUUAGGAGUUGUCAUGUAUGAAAUGAUGUGUGGAAGAUUACCGUUCUACAACCAAGAUCAUGAGAAACUGUUUGAACUGAUACUAAUGGAGGACAUAAAAUUUCCUCGAACUCUGUCUGCAGAUGCAAAAUCAUUACUAUCAGGCCUACUGAUAAAGGAUCCAAAUAAGCGACUUGGUGGAGGCCCAGAUGAUGCAAAAGAAAUCAUGCGUCAUAGUUUCUUUGCUGGAGUAAACUGGCAAGAUGUAUAUGAUAAAAAGCUUGUACCUCCUUUUAAACCUCAAGUGACAUCUGAGACAGACACCAGGUAUUUUGAUGAAGAAUUUACAGCUCAGACCAUUACAAUAACGCCGCCUGAAAAAUAUGACGAGGACGGUAUGGACUGCAUGGACAAUGAGAGGCGGCCGCAUUUCCCCCAGUUUUCCUACUCUGCAAGUGGACGAGAAUAACUAUUUUGUUCUGCUGCUUCACUGUCAUCUUAGGUUUAUCACUGAAAAUGAUUCCUGAACAUCACCACCAGAACUAGAUACUAUUUAAGAUAGCAGGGGCACUUUCAGAGACCGUUCCAAAUUGAACAAGUUUCUCUCCCAAACCUACCUAAAAUCCAUUUUGGUUUUGCAUGAAAUACGAGAUUUUCUCUAUUAUGCUCUCCUGCUGUUGCCGCUGCCCACAGUCUCAGUAUAAUAGCAACAUCAAGAAGUUACUAACAGUUUCUUUGAAGGUAGAUGACUUGACUUCAGCGCUGUACACUUUGUGCGCGAGGAGUCAUCUAUUUUUCCUCACAGUGGAGGCUAAACAAAAAACAUGUUGGUCCAGCUUAUCUUCUUCCAGAAGAUGAAUCAAAAUUGUAAUUAGUCUGAAAAGACUAGUCUAUAAGAUUUUCUUGCAUCUGUUUGUGCUGGUUAGAACAAGGAACCGUAGGGGUGGUGAUGUACAUAUGCAAGGUUUUUGUUAGGCAUAUCAUUACUUGAAGCAGGUCUCUGUCAUUAACAUCUGGCUGGAAUUUGUUUGGGAAAUGCUUGAGAGAAGGACUUAAACUGUUGAUAUAUAUAAAUAUAUAUAUAUAUAUUAUUUUUUAAUUACUGUUGGAUACUACAGAAGAAGCAGAAGGGCUGGGCUCACCCAGCCUGCCACUUAGAACUUCCAGGUUCAUGUGCAAUCAUGGAGAAUCGAACAUUAUACAUACAAGAAAUGAAGGCGUAAAAGCAGCAGUUGAAGUUGUUUAAGGGGUCUUAUAAUUUGCACCAGAUAACAUCUUUCUCAUGCUUUUCCUUUUCUUUCAUGGUAUACAUCACCUCUGAUGGCUGAAGAAUGUAGACAGGCAUAGUGGUAUUGCUUUUCACCAAAAUGUGUGCACAAGGUAAACAGGUGUUUGCCUUACUUGUUUUUAUUUUGAGUUUGUGAAUUAGCUUUUUCUCCAGGUGUUUAACUCUAAAUAUUCUUUUUUUUUUUUUUUUUUUUUUUGGUUAUACUGCGGUAGUAUUUAUUUUUAGAGAUAAGGUUUGUAUGUGUCAUGUUUGCAAAUGCUGCUACAUCUUAGAUAGAACAGGCUUAUAGCAGUUAAUUUUGUAAUAUAUGGAAGGACUGUACAAGCUGAAGGGAAUAAUGCACUUUUCUCCCAUGUGGAAAUUUUAACAAGGCUCUGAAAUUGUACAUACUGCUUAGAAUCAGAUUUUUGUGAAUGAAAAUACUGUUUUUUAAAUUGUUUGGCAGUGGAGUUGAGGGUUCCAGCUGCAUGUGCCAGAGGGUUAAAAACAGACAAAAAAGCUACAUCCUUGUGCUCCAUUGAGGAUAAACGUAAUGUAAGAGCCUGACAGCACAACAGAAAAUUUCUGUUCUAUAUGAAGGAAUUGCAUUUGAACACGAGACCACAGUGAUUACAAGAAAAGCACUUUAUUUUAAUAAUUAAAGUAGUAAAUUUCUGGGAUCGGCCAUUCUCCAGGAAGGUUUGCCCUCAACCACGAGAGUCCCAAAACCCGGCAUGUUACAUGUAACUGUGGUACCUGAUUGACUGAAUUUAAAACAUCACGAGAAACGCUCCACUGAUAAGAAAACGUCUUUCCAUUUCCGAAGAUCUGUAUCUAACAGAAUGUGUGCAUGAACUUUAGCUUUGAUCUUCAGCAAUGAUAAUCUUAAUAAUAAACCCUUUGGUGCUAGGAGUCGGGACAGUACGCGGUGCAGUGACAGCGUGCACGCACCCUUGCUAGCGACAUCCGAAAACCCUGACUCCAUGGGAUUAUCAUUGGAAGUAUCUCUGUGUUCGGAUCUUGUUAGCUCCCACGAAGACUGUGAUAUCGCAGAGUAUUACUGGUUGCGUUGUGUGAAUGAGUAGGUGAGUCUGAAAGGAGAGAUGUCCCUACGCAGAUGCCUUAGCCUCUUGAUGUGGGAAGCUGAGCGCCCUAGCACGAAGCCCACUGCUGGCAGUGCGUGUGCUGGGACGGUCAAGGGGUAGACGGGCAUUUUAGCAAGGCAGCUAAAGACGCAGACUAAUUUAGACAAUUUUUCGUGUUUCGUGUUUUAUCUUUAGUGAAGAAUGGAUAAUCAGUCAGAAAUAUAUCAUGAUGUAUAUUCUAACUACGUAGAAUCUCAUUCUGUCACCUUGUAACACUAAACACACGUAGAGAUUAUCCCUCUAUGGAGAGAGAGGAGCACAGCGAACGCGUCGCAGGUCUGUUCUGCACCGGUAGCGUAGAGGUGUCUACACUGCCACAGCGAGCAAGUGACGGAAAUAACCGAGUACUUAAUAGUCGGGCAUUAAUUAGUUCUCUGCAAAGGCCUCGUACUUACAGACCAGAACUAUGGUGAUUCGAAAUCUGUGUUACAUGCCUGUGUUUCUUCCCCUAUGUUUUCGGCUUGUAAUAGCAAUAAGUUUCUUGACACAGGGCACCUCUAGCUACCGUCUGCUGGCGCCGUGCCUCUGGCCGGCCGUUCCUCGCCUGCAGAAGCAGCCCUGUGGUUAGCUCACCGUCGCGUAGCUAGUUCGAAUGCGGUUAGCAGUAAAUGUCUGUCAGUGAAUUAUUUGAGAACCUUUUAAGACUUCACUUUGCAUGGUAUUGUCUGCCUUCCAAGACAUCGUUGAUCAAGUUUAUGCUACAGAGGGAGUCAGCGGCUGCUUGGUGCUGCCCCGGGUUGGGGGGUUCGCUCUCUUGCCAGUGUUAGAAAGAGGUGAAAGACGAACGGGCGAGCGCUGCCGAGAGAAGCUUUGGAAGCUCUUCUUUUGCCGUUGGGCGUUGUGGUCGGCUUUGGAUGGGAGGUGGUGGCUGUUACCUGGGCGAGCGUUUCGAGCACAGUACAUUUCAGGCUUUGACUCCAGCUUGUACUGACUUCCAUGACGUACAGUAUGCCCUCUUGUACUGCAGCCAUCUCGGAGGAAAUAGGUCCUUUCUGUUUGGAUUUUGGCAGUUUUGCACACAGCUUCGCUUUCCACACUAAUCCAUCUUCCAGUACAUUCCUGUUGCUUAAAGAACGUUUAUUCCAGUAUUGUUUUAAGUUUUUUUUCCAUCUUUACUUGCGGCUUCUUAAAGCUGACUGUUCUUGCAGGGGCCAUGUGCUUCUCCUAGAGUACAAAAGUAAGGUCUUUCCUUACUAACUGCAGGGUCUAUAUAUUACACCUCAAUGUACACACUUUGCUGCUACUGUUUGUACUGUCUACAGUAGAAUUUCCUUAUCUUGCUCCUGGUAGUGCAUUACAGGCAAGCAUGAAAUGUAAAGUAUUUAUUUAAAUAAAAACCUCUAAAUUGGUAAUUGAAUUACCUCCCUGUAGCUUUAGAGUUUGUGACAUUUCUUGACCUUGCUAGUUCUUUCAUUAGAUCCAUGCAAGAUCUAGUCAUAUGGUUAAGGAUAUUACGCAGACACGACUAUGAACCCAAGAAACCGUAUUACUGUUGGUCAUACUUAAACUGUUUAUUUCCUUAAGUAUAUGACCCACAAGGAUGUGAAAUAACUACAAGAAACUGUUUUUGUACACUGUACAUCCUUAGUAUUUUUACACGUAUAUGAUAGGGAUGCACAUUAUUUUCCUUCGUACAGACAGCUUAAAUAAAGCACUAUGUCAAUCUGCUACUUCUGUGUUUUUUAAUGCUAAUUUGUUCUGGAGGUUUGUAAAUAUAUAUAUAUAUAUGUUCAAGCUUGCCACAAAGGACGUAUUUUUUUAUAUCUGCACAUUCCUAUUAAAUAUCUUAGAGGAUAAAAUUCCUAAGUUGUUCUGUGUCAGAGAAAGAGAAACUGAAAUGAGAAGGCUAUAUUGCAGAUUACAAAAGAUUUCUCGAGUUUUGGGUUAAAUAUUUACUUAAUAUUUUAAAGUAAUUUUAUAUAGGUUAGAUGUUUCAAUCCUGAAAUGCACAAAGAAUUUACUUAAUUUCUUCUUACAAGAAAAUGUACAUUGUUAUUUUUUUAUCACUGUAUAUAUAAUGAUCUGUGCAUGUUUAGUUACAAGUUUUAUUUGCUGUGAAGUCCUAGUGGUAACUGUAACUCGCUGUGACGUAUUUCGAAUACUGGGUGAUCAGUUUCAGCUUGUAAAUUAUUAAGUUACAGUAUUGUCAAAAAAAAAAAAAAGGUUUUUAUGACUAAGCAAGAUGUAUCUGUGCUUUGGGCCCAGGCUGUUUCCGUACAGGCGCUUCGCGUCAGCUCUGCGAGGUGUGUGUCACUUGUAAAAGUAAAUUUGGGUUACGCUUUUCACGUAACGACAACACAGGGCUACGCUCCUGUCAGAACACCCACGAUUUAAGUGAUCUGUCAGCUAAUGAAAUUCGUAGCCUCACAUCCCAUAGCUAGGUAAUGUGUGAGGGUAAGGAGAGGAAAACCGGGCAGGCGGGAUUUGCAGGGCACCUCAGCGUGGGACACUUUGACGCCCGCAAGCUGGUCCAGGGCUGUUUGAACCAGCUGGUCAGGAGGGCUGAGUGUCCCUAAGGCAGUUGGUCAUCUGGGUUUAAGCUCAAUUCUCAGCCAUGAACCUUUCCUGGGAAUAGAGGUGCUUCAUCCAGGUCUCAGGUUCGGUAUGGUUUGGUUUUUUUUUCUCCCCCUCUUCCCUUUUUUUCCCUCCUCCACCUUGCAGUAGGGAACAGCAGGAGCCAGCCAGCUGUUAGGUCAGUGCCAUUAGGAGGUCAGGACUCAGCUGCCGCAGGGGCAGGGCUGUCUGGCCAGGCUGCAUCCCACUCUGGCUGUAAAACGCUUAGCAUUUUGUGCCUAAGCAGAGGCAGGGGCAGCCGGGGAGAGCAUGGAACAGGUAGACCUGGUGCUGUCUGUGCUUAAUGACUAAUUAAUUGCUACAAAGUAGAGUAGCUGCUGCAGGGAAAUUGAUUCCUUCUAGACUCCCAGCAACCUAAUGAAUUGAGCGUACGCCUGGGAUGAGUAUGAAAAAACCCACCUCCUUCCAGCUGCAUAUACGCGCAGCCCAGGACGCUUUGUGGGAAUGGCACGCGUACGUGCACAUGGGUGGCCGGCGGCGGUGCGCCGCGCGCAGCCGCCAGAAGCCCCAGUAGGUGAGGCAGGUCCAGAAAGGUUGAGGGUCCAGCCGUGCCUCGGGCCGGGGCACGGCAGCUCCAGGAUCUCAGUGAAGCCUAAGUGUUGGGACUGGGUGCCUGAGUUCCUUCACGUGCGUAGCCUAUAGGCACUUUCUCCUACUUAAGCGCAGAUUUAUGCUGUGGACUAAUAAAAAAAUAAAUUAAAAAUGAAAGUUUGCAGAUUCCUACAUUUAUAAAUAUAUAUUCUUGCCUGUGUAACCAUCUGGAAAGUAGUGACGCUUAAAGAAUUGUCAGCCUGAUUACUGUGGAAAACCCAGAGUUCAACUAGAGAGGACUUUUUCUUCAUCAGGCUUUCUUGUCCCUGAAGACCUGAGGCCAUUUUAAGCAUGUUUAUUGUCAUACUGGUGAAGCAGUUCAGGGAGGCAGUCAGAUGUGUUUGGCAGUUUAAUAUGGCAGGAAAUUGAAAUAGGGAGGAAAACCCGCUUUGAUGUUAGGGCUGUACCACUAACAAUCCUUAAAAUACAAGGGAAGGAAAGCUUGUGUCCCACAGCAAAUGGUAACUUAUUGCAUGUGUUGUUACUCCUAUUUUCGUUACAUUUUAUGUGUCCGUGCUGGCUGAGGUAGCUUUAUUAACGGGGAGCUAUUCCUUGCGCUUUUUUUCCCCCCUUCACUAGUGCAAUUCUACAACUACACUGCAAAUAAUAGAAGUAGAAACUUUUUUCUGGUGUACUAAGUUUAUCCUACAGUAGUUAGCAAACGAUCAGAUGAUAAAUUCUUUUUGGAACAGUCUGGUAUUUGGAAAGUAACUUUUAAAAACACAAGUGUGCAGUUAACCAGAAAAAACCCCCUCCAAGUGUUUUCAGUUCAAUAAGCUGAAGCCAAGUUCAGCCGGUGCCCGUCCCUGAGACUGCUAAAUAUUUGCUGGUGGAAAAGUCUAGCAGCACCGCACCAGUGCUGAGAGCCGGGCACCUCCCUUAAAGGCUAAGCUGUGCUAAGGGUUCCUUGAACUUAAAGGCUUUAUCCAGAAAUGGGUUUGAAGGUAAACCUGCCCCAUGGAAAUUCUUCCACAUUAUAUGGAAUAUUUCUCAAUCAUUCUUAUGCUUGUCUGGUGGAUGAGUAGUUGUUGGGACUCUCACUUUUGUAUUAAAGGUGACAAAAACCUUGUAAAAAUAAAGUUCCCAGGUAGGUUCUGGUAAUGAGUUUAUCAAGAGGAGCGCAGUGUGCUUGUGCAGGACUUAGAAAUGGUCCCCUUCUCCCUCCUCCCCAUGAACACGCUUUCCCUUGACUUCAGAAGGCCAGAACGAGGAAAAUAAGAAUCCAAUUAAGUUUAUUGGUAUUUCGCUCUGUAAAUAAGACAUCUAUGUUCAAUUAUAAAAAUAGAUAAAAACAUUUUAUAAAAAAUUGUACAAAUUAUGAAUUAAGUCCAUGCUACGUAAUAGCUCUUAAAAGUGGCUUGCAAGCCUAGUCUUUUCAGAAGAGUCUCAGCUGCCUUCCUAGGCAGCUUGGUAGGCUGGUAAUGCUUCAAAAUAUUUAUGAUUCUGUAGUUCAAAACAAGUAGAAACCAGUUGCAAUUAGCCAGCAAGCGAAGCGUGCCUGUUUUCUGCAGAGGUGUCUUUGGGUGAGCCUCAGACAAGCCCCGGUUCCAGCCGGGUGCAGAGCAGACCUGAAAGAUAAAAGAAAGACACCGGGCUGUAAGUAGUCUGUGUCACGUUCCUUGUGUUUCUCACUUGUGUCGCUUCAGCCUGCGGGCAAGUUCUUAGAAGAGAAAUACAGAAAUGGUUAAGACUCUGGUAACACAAUGUAAACAAGCCCCGUCUGAGCCUGCGCAUCCUGCGGGCCGGCUCUCCUUGCCUCUUUCUAAGACCAGAAGUCUUAGAGGGAGCAACAGCAAGAGCUGUUCCAUUUCUGAAAAACAGGAUCUCCGUGAGCUUUAGACAUCGUUCGUGUUUAGCAGUAGAUAACCGAGCUCUUGUUUUGGGGCACAGCUAAGAUCCUGCUCCUUCUCCUUUCCGGGAAGGAGGCAGCCGGUCUGUGCCAGAGAGCAUUUCUGUGAAUUGUGGGGCGCGCAUACGGGGUGGGCAGCUGCAGCAAAACAGGAAGCUGCUGCCUGGGGGCCGGGAGGAAACCGCUGGUGGGGAAGGCUAAGUCAUAGUUUUGAAGCUCUUGCAUAGCUAUUGUUUGUGCUUCCUCAGUAGCACUUCAGGGCCGAAUUAAGAGCAAGACCUCAAACUGCUGGAGCUACCUAGAAUUAAGGCACUGGAGUUCUAAAAUUUGAAUUUACGCGAUGUAAAUGACCUCAGAAAUAAAAAUAAACUGUCUGCUUUGGCUGGUUUUGCGUUA